CGCGUUAAAUGAAGGAAUGUGUAGGCGUGUUUUUGUAAUGUAAUGGCGCCUUUUCUAAUAACAAUAACAACAACAAAAAAUGCCAUAAUGCGAAUUGCGAAUAACUUCCAAUUGUUGAAUUUCAAUAAAAGUGCAUUAAACUAGAACAUAGGCGGAGAUUCUGUCUGACUGAUAGGAGUGAAGAAUUGGAAAGUCAUUAAACUACAGUCAUGGAAACAGAAAAUGUCUACGUCCCCGAGGAAGUGGCAAAAAAUUUCAAAUGUGUCAUUUGCCAAAAGUUCCUUUUUGUUCCUCCUAUAAUGACGAAAGAUGGUACAGCCUUCAAAUGCGGCCGCUGCAGUUUUAUAGCUUCAGAUAUGACUCAGCCAGUGCACGGAUUUGAAAAAUUAGCCUCUUACAUGGCAUUUCCUUGUACAUUUAAGGGUUGUACCUCAAAAUUGCCUUGGGAAGAGGUUACUGCACAUGAAGCUACUUGUAAAUACAGAAUUAUAAAUUGUCCUUGUUAUCAUUGUGACGAAAAAUAUCCUAUUUACACAAUUAUUCAGCAUUUUGAAGUCCAGCAUAAAAAGUACAUGUGCAUGAGCCAAUGUAACGUACAGAAUCGAAACAUUAAACAACCUUACAGAUGCCUGAUGAGGCUUAUUAUUCAUGAAGGGAAGCCCUAUGUUAUGUUCAACUAUCGGGACGAUGAAUAUUUUUGGCUCAGUGUUUACUCUAUUAGAACUUCAAACAAAAAUACGAAUGUUGAACUAGUUUUUUCAUCACUUGAUGGAAAAUAUUCUGUAACAGUAAAGAGUGAAUCUAUCCAGCCUUUCAACGAACAGGAGCAUUGCAUUAAUUGCCUAGAUAAAGACUGCAAAUCAAAAUUCCACAAAUUUUCCAAAUUGUACAAAAGCAAUGGAAAGAUUUAUGAUAACAUGGAUUUAGCAGUUAAUAUUAACAAUGUCGUUAAAACUCUAGGCUCAGACUCGAUAAAUUACACUGUUAGAAUUGUGGAAAAGAUGGAAGUAGAACCAACUGUCGAACCACCACAAGAUUCGAAAAAAGAUUUACAAUUACUUGUGUUCCUGCAAAAUUUGGAGUGCCAAAUUUGUAAAUCCCUAAUGUCUGCUCCGAUUUACAAUUGUAUAACUGGACAUACAAUGUGUAAAGAUUGCAAAGCAAGAGUGAUGAAAUGUCCACAGUGUCAAAGAGAACUUACAGACUCUAGAUGUUUUGCUUUGGAGGAUAUUGCUGAUAAAAUUAAGUUGGAUUGUACAAAUAAAAAGUUAGGCUGCAGGUUUGUGGGCAAUAUUGAUGAGAAUAUUGCUCAUGAAAAAUUAUGUACUGUUGUUUGUAAUGUUAUAUUUUAAUUUAGGGUAAUAUUUUUUUAUUAUUAUACUUGGCGGUAUUACUAUUCUUACGUUUUAGGUAUUACUUUUGUUAAACAUAUUUUAGUUUAGAUUUGAAUGCUAGUUUUUUUGCAUUAAAUUGAGGUUUCAUUUAGAAAUAAGAAUAAUAUGCUUUAUUUAAAAUAUGGUUCUUAAUUUGAUUUUUUUUUUUCUAAGAAUAAUAAAGAUUGA